AUACAAAACAAAGGGUCACAAACACUGACUUUCUCUCUUUCUCUUCUCUCUCACCAUUUCCACUUUUCACAAACCAUUUCUCAGAUUUUUCUCCAAUGCUCUUUUCUCUUCCAUUGGAUUGUACAGAUUCCCAUCUAUAACAUAUACAUCAAUCCCUUCAAUUCUAGUUAUUGUUUGUGUUUUUUUGGUGUUCUUUUUAAGGACUAAAAAGAAAGGAAAAAAAAAAAAACAUUUCUGGGUAUAUUGGUUUUAUGCUUUAUUUUUGCAACCUAUCAUAUUUUAGGUUUGCUAUAGAAAAAAAAAAACAUUUUAAUUAAUUAUUGCAAUAAAUUUUAUAAAACUUCCAUUUUUAUUCUCCUUUUUUUUGGUCAAAAAAUAUAUAUAUACCCCUUAUUCUUCUGUAAAAUUUUGUUCAUUUUUCUGAGACAUGGGUAAACAAGGACCUUGCCAUCACUGUGGAGUUACAAGCACACCGCUUUGGCGCAAUGGGCCACCAGAAAAGCCAAUACUAUGCAAUGCAUGUGGUUCGCGGUGGAGGACAAAGGGAACACUUGCAAAUUACACACCUUUACAUGCUCGAGCUGAAACUGAUGAUUUUGAUGAUCAAAAGGCUUCAAGGAUGAAGAGCAUAUCGUUAAAUAAGAACAAAGAAGUGAACUUGCUCAAACGGAAGCAGAACCACUAUAAUGUAGUAUCUGGAGGACUUGCAUCUGAUUACAACCAGGGAUUCCAUAAGGCUUUUGAUGAAGAUAUGAGUAAUCGAUCAAGUUCAGGAUCAGCAUUGUCUAACUCAGAAAGCUGCGCACAGUUUGGUGGCACAGAUGCUAGUGAUCUAACAGGACCUUCACAGUCAGUGGUCUGGGAUACCACUCCCACAGUGCCUUCAAAAAAGAGGACAUGUGUAGGUCGUGCAAAGCAGCCAUCUUCUGUUGAGAAGCUCACAAAAGAUUUAUGCACUAUUCUUCAUGAACAACAAUCUUGUUUUUCUGAAUCUUCUGAUGGGGAUCUUCUUUAUGAAAGUGAAGCACCGAUGGUCUCUGUUGAGAUAGGACAUGGAAGUGUUCUCAUUAGGCAUCCUAGUUAUGUAGCUCGCGACGAAGAGUCUGAGGCUAGCUCUCUUUCAUUUGAUAAUGGACUAUACCCAAUGAGUGACGCAUAUUCUUAUUCUGGAGCCGUUCUUAAAAGUGACAAGUCUCAGCUGGAAAGAGUACAAAUCCUUGGAAAUCAUGAUUCACCCUUGUGUUUAGUGGAUUUAAAUGAUGUGGUAAACUAUGAAGAGUUUACGAGGAACUUGUCAUAUGAAGAGCAGCAACAAUUAUUGAAGUUUCUUCCUGUGGUUGAUACUGCUAAACUUCCUGAUGGCCUUAAGGUCAUGUUCAGUAGCUCUCAAUUCAAGGAGAACUUAACUAAUUUUCAGCAGCUUCUUGCAAAAGGUGCCUUUGAUAUCUCUUUGCCGGAGGUAAAACCUGAAGACUGCGAGACUUUGAAAAGAUAUGCACUAAAUGAGUUGUCAAAGUCGAAAUGGGUGGAACACUAUCAUAACAAGAGAUGUAAAAGUAGGGCUGAAAAAUCGGAUGUUCCAGGAUCUUCUGGUAUAGCAUCAACCAAUGUUGCAAAUGUGAAGAGAAUGCGUGAUAGCAGAAAUCAGAACUUUCCAGAGAUGAAGACAAUAAUGAGGAGCCCCAAAAGAAUUAUCACAAAGAUUAGUUAUAAUCCAAAAAGCCUAUUUCCUUUGCCUCCUGAUGCAAGCUCACACUUGCUAGAUUCUUUUAACUUUGUUGAGGAGAGUUCUGAUCAAGAUCUGCUGCUAGAAGUGCCUUCUAAUAAUUCUUUUCCACAGGCAGAACUUCUGCACCCAACUUCAAUCUUUGGUGCUCAAGCCAGCACUAGUAGUAGCUCAGCAUACUCACAUUUUGUGAACCAUUAAGUAACAUUACAAGGUUAUACUCUGGUAGACACAUAAUUUACAUCUUAAAUAUAUGAUGGUUGUGCUUUUCCUUAUUUGCAACCUUCUUUUUGGAGCUUGGAUUGUCAAGGAUUUGAAAUUGGAUGGAAUAUUUUUGUAUAGGUUGGCAACAGAUUGUAAGAUAGCAUGAAAUGAGAAGCGGUUUUCUCCAAAUUUUUUAGACA